AUGCAAUUACUGAGCUGCGAAGUGACGAAACCAAGGUCGGAAACAGCGGAAGCAUUGGUCUUUAGAGAAACUCUAAUGGAUGAUGAUGAGUCCACUUUUGGGAAGAAAAUUCGAGUGGAAGUGUUUCCAGAAAAGACUCCGAGAGUGGUGGAAGCAGCCCUUGUUGAGGAGCAAAAUUUAAGUGAGUGGUCAUCACCACUAAAAUUAUUGAGUCAAGAUAAAGAAGCAUUGUUGAAAGUUCCAGUUUUAUUUGCUUCCUUCGAUCAAACGAGCCGAUUAGCUUCUGGAUACGGCGCUUGUUCCGUGAUAGCAAUAUUCAUUGCUCACUGGCUUCACUGCAACCCAAAAUUAAUGCCCACAAGGAACAAAUUUUCUAACAAUCACUUCGAUAUAGAGACUGUGAUAAAUGCUGGUAUCAAACCAGUCUCUAUUUGCACAGAUAGAUCAGUUACGGGGAUGUUCGGGGUUGAAAAAAUCAACUUGUUGAAAGAUAUGUUCUCUUUAGACAAUAUGUGGGAGACCAUAACUAAAGAUUUAACAACAGAGCCAAAAAAUUUCGUCGUGGGUUGGAACGAUCACUUCUUUGUCUUAAAACUAGAACUUCAUGUUUGUUAUAUUAUUGAUUCAUAUGGAAGUAGAUUAUUUCGAGGGUGCAACCAAGCUUAUAUGCUAAAAUUUGACGAUUCAAGUGUAAUUUACAGCACCGAUCAACAAAUUCUUUGCACAGGCAAAGAUUGCUGCAAGGAAUAUAUGAGAAUGUUUUUAAGUAGUAAUAUUGUUAUGAAACUGGAGAAGGAAUACAAGAGGGGAUACAUUCAAUUACCUUAUCUAUAUGAGAAGUUGCAAGUAGACAUGAGCUAUAUGUGCUUAAAUGCUCCAUCGCCAGUAUCAUCUUCAUCGACGUCUUCCUAUGAUGCCCCAUCUUCCCUUCAAUUGUGA